CUUGACAGCAGGGGACUGGACUCUAGAUGACCUAUUGAGGUCCCUUCCCAUCCUAUACUUCUAUGAUUGUCUUCCAUCCCAAAUGUUUGAAAUGCUCACUCUGAUUCACAGCAAUGGAAAAUGCCACCUCUGCAGUUCACAGAUACCCAUAGAGUGCUCACCCUUAUUAUUAACUAUUUGUGUUAGAGUGCUAGUUAGAGGUGCCAACAAAAAUUGUGGCCCUAUUGUGGUAGGCACAGUGCAAACACAGAGUGUAAAUAACCCUUCCCCAAAGAACUUAAUUUAAUAAUUUAAAUAGAGAGAGGGAGGGGAAGUAUUUCCCUUUCUAUAAAAUGAGGAUGCCACUAGACAGAGAGAUUAAGGCCCCAAUCCUGCAAUGGCCUGCAGGCAUGGAGACCCCUAGUUCCUUCACUGGCACAAGUGACCUGUCCAAUGUCAUAUGGGAAAUCUGUGACAAAACUAUGAAUUGAACCUGGAUCUCCUGGACUGCAAUCUAGUACCUUAACUACAAGACCAUCCUUCCUUUCUGCUCUUCCACUUUUGCUACCAUCCCACCUACCCUCUUGCCCCUGAACUUUUAUUGCCAUCCCCACCUAACCUGCCUUCAGAUGAAAUGGGAAAAAUCGUAAAACCAGCUGAUCACCAUACAUGCUUCCCCUUUAACCUCUAAAUCAACCAAUAAACGUGGGAGAUGGAGAACAUGAAAGGUAUGCACCAGAAAAAUGGGAGACUAUCACCUGAACCAGCUGUGAUUAUGGUAGCCUACGAUGUACUGUAAUGUGGACUAGUGGAUAUGGCAUAUUGGACUGAGAUUGAGGACACCUGAGUUCUUUUCAUAGCUCUGUGUCACCAACCUGAUGUUUCAUUUUGGGCAGGUCACGUCAUCUUUCUGUGCCUCUGUUUCUCUUUCCACCCUAUCUUGUUUAUUUAGAUCGUAAGCUCGUCCAGACUACCUAGCAACACGGGGGCCUGUGUUGUUUGUAAGUGGCCUGUAAGUGUUACUGUAAUACAAAUAAAUAAUACUGCAAUGAGCAGCUAAAUAUGCUUGAGAUCCAUACAGAACUGAUUUCACCUAAUCAGCACCAUCUUUUAAAACAGACCAAAAUAAACCCAGUCCAACUUGGCAAAAAUGAGAUGUCAUCACAUCUGUAAGCUACCAGGAAGAGUUAUGGGAAUCCGACUACUUCGCUUCUCUUCUGUGGUGAUCUUUGUCUUACUCCUUGUGGCAGGUGCUUUAAUGGCUUUGCUUCCUAACAUUAAAGAUGACAAAAUGCCCAAUUUGCGAAGGGAACCAAAAUCCCAGAGCCAAUCCGCCUUGGAUUCAUUUACUCUUGUUAUGCAGACAUACAAUAGAACUGACUUAUUGUUGAAGCUCUUAAAUCAUUAUCAAGCCAUCCCCCAUCUACACAAAGUGGUGGUUGUGUGGAACAAUGUUGGGGAGAAGACACCAGAGGAAAUGUGGAAUUCCCUGGGACCCCAUCCUGUACCUGUUGUCUUCAAAGUGCAGACCGUGAAUCGCAUGAGGAACAGACUCCAGAUCUUCCCUGAAUUGGAAACAAAAGCUGUUUUAAUGAUGGAUGAUGACACACUGAUUAGUGCCUAUGACCUUGCUUUUGCCUUCUCUGUUUGGCAGCAAUUUCCAGAUCAGAUAGUGGGAUUUGUUCCUAGAAAGCAUGUUUCCACUUCUUCAGGUAUAUACAGUUAUGGCAGCUUUGAACUGCAGACACCUGGAUUUGGAAAUGGGGACCAGUACUCCAUGGUUCUCAUAGGAGCAGCAUUCUUUCACAGUGGAUACCUAGAACUCUUUCAAAAGCAGCCUGAUGCUGUUCACACUUUGAUAGAUGAAACUCAAAACUGUGAUGAUAUUGUCAUGAAUUUUCUAGUGGCCAAGCAUACUGGAAAGCCUUCAGGAGUGUUCGUGAAACCUGUUGACAUAAGGAAUUUAGAAAAAGAGACUAACAGUGGUUAUUCCGGAAUGUGGCACCGAGCAGAGCACUUGCUACAAAGAUCUUACUGUCUAAAUAAAUUGGUUAAUAUUUAUAACAGUAUGCCAUUAAAAUAUUCUAACAUUAUGAUUUCUCAGUUUGGGUUCCCUAAUUAUGCCAAUCACAAGAAUAAAAUGUAAGAAUGUAUAAUAAAGGGGUAUAAGUUACACAUCAAACAGUAAAUUCAAGUCAGUGUAAGUUAAAUGCUGAGGGACCAGAAGAAGGUAUGCAUUACUCCAGCUUGUCCUCCUUUACACAUAGCCUCUGAAUUUUGCCCACAGUAUUUUCUUUCCCCAGUGUAAGUUAUUGAGAAAGUUUAAAGAACAGUGUGUGUGUAAUGUUUACUUAUCAUAAAACCACCUUCAUCUCUUAAUACUUGAGAAGCUGUUAUUGUCAAAAUUACAGGGCCAGACCUUCAAAAGCAUGUGCAGAAAAAUGUACAAUCACUUGUUGCACACAUAUGAAGAACUUAAUUUCUAUUUCUUUAGAAUUAUAUUUACCCAAUCAAAUGAUAUUUUGGCAUAUUUGUGUUGUUUAUAUAUAUACAGGUCUGUCUCAUCUUACGCGGAGGUUCCGUUCCGUGGUUAGUGCGUAAAGCGAAAACCGCAUAUAACCAAAACCCCAUUGAGUUCAAUGGCGGGUGAAAUCGCACUACAGGUAUAAUAUUAAAACUGUUGUUUUUCUCUCUCUUUUUUUUUUUUUUUGCCGACUGCAUAAAGUUGAAAUCGCGCAUGUUAAAUGUGCGUAAGAUGCAACAGACCUGUAUGUUAUGAGACUGUUCUAUUUUUCUCAACAAUUCCUAGCGAAAACUUUUAAGGGCUACACUGAGCUGUUUGCAAGGGUAUUAGACCUGGUUAGAAAACUCCUCAAAGCUUGUAUGUUAACUACUGUUCUUCAGUGUGAAAUGUUCCUGAGAGUGCAAUCAAACCAUAAGCCUAACAAAGUCAUGGAACAAAGCACAGUCUCAGUAUCAAACAUCUCUAGGAGCCUCACCUACAACACUGGCCACUGAGGGGUUAUGGAGCAUGAUGUUGCUGAUACCGCCUUUUUUCCUAUCAUUACUUUGCCCACAGUCACUGGAAUGCUGCUCAGGAACUGAAAGGUAAAAGUUCUAAUUGCUAACUUGGGAAAGAUAAUGAACAUGGAAAGCAUAUAUCAUAAGAAAUGUAGCUUAUGUUACCACAUAUGCAGCCAAAAGAGACAGGUGCCAUAUUUACCAUUUACUACAGCCUUUAGAACUUACUCUUAUAUCAGUAUUUUGCAUAUACAGUAGAACCUCAGAGUUAUAAAUGCCUCGGGAAUGGAGGUUGUUCGUAACUCUGAAAUGUUCCUAACUGAACAAAACAUUAUGGUUGUUUUCAAAAGUUUA